AAAGGACAGUUUGCAUGGAGCGGCUGAAGAAGCAUUGCCUGAGUAUGAUGUCUGUAAAAUUUAGGGAGUAUGUGAAGGACUACUGCAGGAGGAACGGUCUUCUAACACUGUCUGUGCUUGCUGUGGUGUCCGGUUGUGUGCUGGGCUUUGUCCUCAGGUCGCUCAACCUGUCCACACAGGCUAAGAUCUACUUUUCCUUCCCUGGAGAAUUGCUCAUGAGGAUGCUGAAGAUGCUGAUUCUGCCCCUCAUCACCUCCAGUCUAAUGUCGGGCCUGUCAGCCAUGGACACCAAGGCCAGUGGUCGUCUGGGGGUCCUCACAAUUACCUACUACUUAUGGACAACAUUCAUUGCUGUGAUUGUUGGUAUCACGCUGGUGGUCGUCAUUCACCCAGGAUCCAGUUCAGAGAAAGAAAACCACCAAGGGGUUUCAGGACCCGUCAUAACCUCCGCUGAUGCUCUGCUGGACCUCAUUAGGAACAUGAUUCCAUCCAAUCUGAUUGAAGCAACUUUUCAACAGUUCCGAACAGAACUGGUUCCUACUGUGCACAACUCCAAUAUCAAAGACUCUCAGACCAACUAUGUCUACGUCAUGCCUGACUACCACAACCCUCAUCUGGGCCACCCGUUGUUCCUGGAGAUCACCCCUGCUCCUGACAUUAAGUACAAGGUUAUCCCCAGUACCAGCAAAGGUAUGAACGUACUGGGGAUUGUCAUCUUCUCAGCAACCAUGGGCCUGCUGCUGGGGAAGAUGGGAGAUCGUGGAGCACCAUUAGUCAACUUGUGCCAGUGUAUCAAUGAAUGCAUCAUGAAGAUCAUUAACGCAGCAAUGUGGUAUUUUCCCUUCGGGAUUGUAUUCCUGGUGGCAGGGAAAAUUCUGGACAUGCAUGACCCGGCUCACCUGGGAGAGAAGCUGGGCAUGUACUUCAUCACAGUCAUGUUUGGUCUGUUUCUGCACGGCCUCAUCCUGCUGCCGCUCUUCUUCUUCUUCUUCACUCACCGAAACCCGUUCCCGUAUAUCAGAGGGCUACUGCAGGCUCUUGUCAUUGCACUGGCCACAUCAUCCAGCUCAGCCACAUUGCCAAUCACCAUGAAGUGUCUGUUGGAGAACUGCGGCGUAGACCGGCAGAUUGCACGCUUUGUUUUACCAGUGGGCGCUACCAUUAACAUGGAUGGGACUGCCCUGUACGAAGCGGUGGCAGCCAUUUUCAUCGCUCAGAUCAACGAUUAUGAUCUGGACUUUGGUCAGCUGGUCACAAUUAGUAUAACAGCAACAGCAGCCAGCAUUGGUGCAGCUGGGAUACCUCAAGCGGGUCUGGUUACUAUGGUGAUCGUCCUGACCUCUGUGGGGUUACCACCUGCUGAUAUCUCACUAAUUGUGGCAAUCGAUUGGGUUCUUGAUCGCUUCCGGACAAUGAUCAAUGUUCUUGGAGAUGCUCUAGCUGCUGGGAUUAUGGCCCACAUAUGCAGGAAGGACUUUCAAGGAGGAGCUGCCAUUGCUGCAGCUGCUAUUAACUAUGGAAGUAUCUUCAAAGGGCGAGACACAAUCAUCUCCUUUAGUACUUCCAGCAUGGGGAUGGCCGAAGCCCCUCUAAUACCCCACCGCUGUGAUUACGUGUUUGAGGUGGAUGGAGACAAUGUGCAAGAGAAAAAAGUGACCUGUUACAACCUCUGCCAAGUUUGAAACAACUUUAUAUCGCAGACUGCCAGGAUGCCGCCUUCAGCAGCAAAGAUUCACCUCGCAUGGCUCUAAAAAUUGGGUGUUAAGCACUCAGUUUGAGCGUACAAACCAAGUACAUUGUGGUCUUUGAG